CACACACACAUUACAUUCUAACUGCUACUGAGGAAGUUCCACAGAUCAUUAGCUGUCUCUCUCUCUCUCAGACUGAAAAUGCUCGUCCUGUUGGUGUCCACACUGCUCUUCUCAGUUUCCAGAGCUGAGGAGUCUCUGUUUGUGCGUGAGGGAGGCUCUGUUCGUCUGGAUGUGCAGGAAUAUGAAGGACUCCAUUUUCGCGCCCUUUCCUGGCGUUUCAAUAUCACCACAGCCAUACUAGAAUACAUUAAUAAGUCUAAAGAUCUGGAUGUAUUUUACCCUUAUAAAACCAGGGCAGAAUUUGAUAAAAAGAACUUCUCUCUUCUGCUGAAGAACAUGCAGGAGAGAGACAAUGGGAUCUACACAGCAGAGAUAAAUGAUAAUGAAGGAGUGCGAAGACAUGCUGAUUUCUACAGGCUUACAGUUCAAGUGGCCCCGCCCACACCCGAGGUGGGAGUGGCGUUACUCUCCUCUGCUGGAGGGUUCUGUAAGGUGUCAGUGAACUGCUCUGCUAAAGACACCUGGGCCAGCUACACCUGUGACCAUGCCCACUGCACACAGGUAGCAAAUACAACCUCACCGACAGGAGUCAACAUCAUCGUCACGGCAACCAACGGGACGAUCCACUGCAGCAGCAGUAACCGGGUCGACACAAAGACGCGAUCAGAAUCCACAAAGACCAUCUGUAAGUUUGUCUGUCUGUGCAUAAAACCUGCAGGUCUGUUUGUGGGUAAUGUCAAGAAGAGUAUGUGGAUAAAGUCUGAAAGUCUGUGGGUAUCGUGUCUAUAUUUCAGUCAGACAUGUUUAUAUAUUUGUCUGCCAUCUGUGAUUCUGUCAGUUAUUUAUAUACAUUUAAGGCUACAGGCAGUAGUGUUCACCAUGAGAUAUUGUUGUGGUGCUUAUUCCUUGUAACUGUGCCUGUUUGUGUGUGAGUGUGCAUGUGUGUACUUGUGUGUUUGUGCGUAACAGUAACUGUCUCUGUGGGGUCCUGUGUCAUUUUGUGCAGGUUAAAUUCGUCCUUUAACACCAUCUCCUCUCGCUCUGUGUGUAUAUGUGAAUAUGUGUGUGUGUGUGUGUGUGUGUGUGUGUG